AUGAGGUUCACCGUAUUGCUUGUGGCUUUAGCGGCUUUUGUGGUGGCAGUACACGCCCGUCCACACAAAGAUGAUUGUGGAGGCGACAGACCAUUAGGCCCAGGCAUAAACCCAGGCGGACCUAUCAUUAUUGCACCAGGACCCGGCAAAGGAGGCUCGUCAUCUUCUAGCAGCAGUUCCAAUAGUAGCUCGAGUAGCAGCUCUAACAGCUCUGGUAGAUCCAGUGAAAGCUCAAGCAGUCGCUCAAGUAGCAGCAGUGGCUCGAGUAGCAGUUCCGAAGGGAAUGAAUCAUCGAGCUCUAGUAAUAGCGACGCAAGUAGUAACUCCAGCAGUCGCUCGGGAAGCAGUGAGAACAGCUCAAGCAGCAGUCGCUCAAGUAGCAGCAGUGGUUCUAAUAGCAGUGGUUCUAGCAGACGUGGAUCGUCUAGUUCUAGUAACAGCGACUCUAACAGCAGCUCUAGUAGUAGCAGCCGUAACUCGGGUAGAUCAAGCGAAAGCAAUAGCUCAAGUGACAGUAGCUCAAGUAGCAGCAGUGGUUCUAGCAGGCGUGGAUCGUCAAGUUCUAGUAACAGCGACUCUAACAGCAGCUCUAGUAGUAGUAGCCGUAACUCGGGUAGAUCAAGCGAAAGUAAUAGCUCAAGCGACAGUAGCUCAAGGAGCAGCAGUGGUUCUAGCAGGCGUGGAUCGUCUAGUUCUAGUAACAGCGACUCUAACAGCAGCUCUAGUAGUAGCAGCCGUAACUCUGGUAGAUCAAGCGAAAGUAAUAGCUCAAGCGACAGUAGCUCAAGGAGCAGCAGUGAUUCUAGCAGACGUGGAUCGUCUAGUUCUAGUAACAGCGAUUCUAACAGCAGCUCUAGUAGUAGCAGCCGUAACUCGGGUAGAUCAAGCGAAAGUAAUAGCUCAAGCGACAGUAGCUCAAGGAGCAGCAGUGGUUCUAGCAGACGUGGAUCGUCUAGUUCUAGUAACAGCGACUCUAACAGCAGCUCUAGUAGUAGCAGCCGUAACUCGGGUAGAUCAAGCGAAAGUAAUAGCUCAAGCGACAGUAGCUCAAGGAGCAGCAGUGGUUCCAACAGACGUGGAUCAUCUAGUUCUAGUAACAGCGACUCUAACAGCAGCUCUAGUAGUAGCAGCCGUAACUCGGGUAGAUCAAGCGAAAGCAAUAGCUCAAGUGACAGUAGCUCAAGUAGCAGCAGUAGUUCUGGACCAGGAAGACGCCCUGUACCAAUAGUUCCACUAGGUCCCGGACCAGUCAUUGUCGGUCCUGGCCGUCCUGUAAAACCUGGUCGUGGUGGCAGUUCAUCCAGUUCCAGCAGUGACUCAAACAGCAGCUCCAGCAGUAACAGCAGCUCUGACAACUCGAAUAGCAGCAGUUCAAGUGACAGCAGCAGCUCCAGCGAGAGUAGCUCAAGUAGCAACUCAGGUCCUGGAAGGCGUCCCAAACCAAGAAUCCCAUUGGGACCCGGUCCAGUUAUAAUCCCAGGCCGUCCCAGACCUGGUGGCAAUGGAAGUUCCAGUUCCAGCAGCAGCAACUCAAACAGCAGCUCCAGCAGUAACAGCAGCUCUGAGAACUCAGACAGCAGCAGCUCAAGUAACAGCAGCAGUUCCAGCGAGAGUAGCUCAAGUAGCAACUCAGGACCUGGAAGACGUCCCAGACCUCGUCCCGGACCUGGCCCCAAACCUGGCCCAUGUGUAAAUCCAGGAGGUCCUAUUAUAAGGCCUGAACCCGGUCCAAUUGUAGUAGGACCCGGCCGUCCUGUCAAACCUGGCCCAGGCCCAAUUAUAAUUGGCCCCGUACAGCCUAUAAGACCUGCCGGUGGUAGCGAAAGUUCCAGCUCUAGUAGCAGCAACUCAAAUAGCAGCUCCAACAGCAACAGCAGCUCUGAUAACUCAGAGAGCAGUAGCUCAAGUGACAGUAGCAGUUCUAGUGACAGUAGUUCAAGUAGUAACUCAGGUCCAGGAAGACGUCCUAGACCAAGAAUCCCAUUAGGACCCGGUCCAGUUAUAAUCCCAGGCCGUCCCCGACCAGGUGGCAAUGGAAGCUCCAGCUCCAGCAGCAGCAACUCAAACAGCAGCUCCAGCAGUAACAGCAGCUCUGAGAACUCAGACAGCAGCAGCUCAAGUGAAAGCAGCAGUUCCAGCGAGAGUAGCUCAAGUAGCAACUCAGGAUCUGGAAGACCUAGACCUAGACCUAGGCCAAUUGGCCCGAUCAGACCCAGACCCGGUCCAAUUAUAAUUGGACCUCCUAUUAGACCUGGCGGCGGUAGCAGUAGCUCAAGUUCCAGCAACAGCAAUUCCAAUAGUAGUAGCAACAGCAGCUCUGGUAAUAGUAGCUCUAACACCUCCAGCAAUAGCAACAGCAACAGCAACAGCUCCAGCGACAGUAGCUCAAAUAACAACGAAACGAACAGCAGCGCCAACAGUAGCAGUGGAUCAAACAGCAGCAGCAACUCAAGCAGCAAUGAAUCUAGCAACAGCAGCGCCAACAGUAGCAGUGGAUCAAACAGCAGCAGCAACUCAAGCAGCAAUGAAUCUAGCAACAGCAGCGCCAACAGUAACAGCGGAUCAAAUAGCAGCAGCAACUCAAGCAGCAAUGAAUCUAGCAACAGCAGCGCCAACAGUAGCAGUGGAUCAAACAGCAGCAGCAACUCAAGCAGCAAUGAAUCUAGCAACAGCAGCGCCAACAGUAGCAGUGGAUCAAACAGCAGCAGCAACUCAAGCAGCAAUGAAUCUAGCAACAGCAGCGCCAACAGUAACAGCGGAUCAAAUAGCAGCAGCAACUCAAGCAGCAAUGAAUCUAGCAACAGCAGCGCCAACAGUAGCAGUGGAUCAAACAGCAGCAGCAACUCAAGCAGCAAUGAAUCUAGCAACAGCAGCGCCAACAGUAGCAGUGGAUCAAACAGCAGCAGCAACUCAAGCAGCAAUGAAUCUAGCAACAGCAGCGCCAACAGUAGCAGUGGAUCAAACAGCAGCAGCAACUCAAGCAGCAAUGAAUCUAGCAACAGCAGCGCCAACAGUAGCAGUGGAUCAAACAGCAGCAGCUCAAACAGUAGUCAAUCAAGUAACAGCAGUAGUGGCUCAAAUAGUAACAGCUCAAGCAGUAGUCAAUCAAGCAAUAGCAGCAGCAACGGUUCAAACAGCAGCAGCUCAAACAGUAGUCAAUCAAGCAACAGUAGUAGUGGCUCAAACAGCAGCAGCUCAAAUAGUAGUCAAUCAAGCAACAGCAGUAGUGGCUCAAAUAGUAGCAGUGCAAGCAGUAGUCAAUCAAGCAAUAGCAGCAGCAACGGUUCAAACAGCAGCAGCAGCUCAAACAGCAGCAGUAGCUCUACCAGCAGCGGUAGCUCAAACGGCAGCAGAUCCAGCAGCAGUUCCAACAGCAGCAGCAGCUCAAACAGCAGUUCGAACAGUAGCAAUAAUUCAAACAGCAGUAGCUCGAGUAGCUCAAACUCUAGCAGCUCUAGUUCGUCUUCAAAUUAA